AUGCAAUAUGUCACGUGCCACUCGUGCAAGGAGUCAACCCCUGACCUUGCUAACCUUGUCCAUCCCUCCACCGCCAUUCCAGCGUAUUUUUCCCUUUUUUUACUCUCAAUGGCACCCUCUCAUCCUUAUAGCCGUAUUGGUGGUUUAUUUGACCGCGUCGACCCGUUCAUCGUACCAUCUCAGGCUCGGGAUGGGACGGAACGGAUACCAACCAGCGUAUAUAACUGCCGUCCCUCGGUGCCGAGUCUCCCAUCUCCCAUCUCCCACCUCCACCCGCCAGCGCUUAUUACCCACAUACACUCGAUCCAUCCACAAACACCAAAUUCAUACUGGACACACAGCAUGGUCGCAGCUAUCCCCACUCGCAAGCAGCAGCAAACUCUCGGCUGGGAGUACCAUUUGCUCUUCACUCGCUUCUGCGAGCUCGCAUCCACCCCUAGCCAUCAUGCCUUUGCUCACAUCCCUCCGCCGACGUCCUUUCCCCAGACUCAGUGGCUGCUGCGCUCAAGUUCCAAGCAGAAGGUAUGGAUGAAUGAGAACAUGAUGCAGGGCAUCGAGAUGCUCGCACACACCCUGGACCAAGACUGGCCAGACUGGGCGUACAAACGUGCUCGGACUGCUGCUGAGCGACCUGUUCGUGGACUUCUACCCCUGGCUGGAGAACCUGGCCGUGCACCAGACCUCGUGCAGCACCCUGCUGCGGUUCGAGCGACACAUGUUCAACCAGGCACAGCUGCGGCAUACAUGGCAGUGGUGGCGACACAACCGCCAGACAACUCCCGGCGCGUGCUUCAGGCCGUCGGUGACUGGAAAGAACGAGAAGGUGGUGAUGCCGCGGCACCCGGUCAACUCGAGGACAGGAGUGACAUAUACGUGGAGGGGAUACUGGGACGUCGAGUCGAAGAAGGAGUGCAGCGGGGAGGAGGUGGGCGAGGAGGACUGGGUUGUGCUCGAGUGAUAUGUGGUUGA